AUGCCAAAGUAUCAACCAAAAAACGGCGAGUUAAACCCAUAUAUUCCUCGAUAUAUAUUAGAAACCCCAAGAUAUCAACAAGAUAUCAUCAACAAAUCUCCUGAACAAGAAGAUGCCCAAGACCAAACAACAACAGCACAUGAUCCAUUAGCACAUCAACGGAAAACGGGAGAAAUAAUCGAUAAUAGUAUAGCACAAUCGGGGACAGGCAUUAAAGAUGAAUUUAAAGGUACAAUAAGAGUAGAAGAAAAUGAAAGUUAUGAUAGUAAACGAGAUCGAUGGUAUGGGUAUUCAACUGAAGAAUGGCUAACGCAUUUGAAAAAUUGGAAUGACAAAAAGCAAUCUCGAAAACAUGCCUCAGCCCAAGAUAAUGAUGAUUCAGAUGAUACUGAUUAUGAAUUGGAAUUAAUUGAAUUAGAGUUGGAUAAAAAAGAUAUGAAGAAAAAUAUCAAAAAAGAUCCCAUGGAGAAAAUGCUUAGAGAUAGACAAGAUAUACCAGCGUAUAUUUAUAAUAUCACUUCUAACCCUAACAAUAAAAUAAGAAUUGAAUACGACCCUAAAUCUAGAUUAGCUAAAGACUCAGCAAAGGGGUUCUUAAAUAAGAGAAAUCAAUUUGUGAAAAAAUUAACCGGUGAUGGUGAUGAGUUGAUGAAACUACAGAAAAUGGCCCAAGAGCUUGAUAAUGAGCACGAAAAGGAUCGGAAAUUGGCUAAAUUGAAACAAGAAUUUUAUGGUGAAGAAAAUCCGAAAACCGUUCCACAAACUGAUUUGAGUCUAAGUCUUGAAGCAAGUCCUACAUUAAUGAUGUUGAAAUCCAAACAAUUGCAAAAUGAAAAACUAGCAAAGUCGAUACAAAGCAAACAAGAAGUUAUGGAAAAAUAUAAUGCCUCGACAGAAUCGGAUGAAAAAGAGCUGAAAAAAACGGGACACCUUGAAGAUAAAUUGUUUUUAAAUCACAAAUAUAUUUAUGGUAGUUAUUAUGAAAAUGGUAAAUGGGGAUACAAAUGUUGUAAACAAUUUGAUAAAAAUUCACGCUGUACAGCAACUGAUUGA